GCUCAAAGGUGCCAUCCUCGUCUGGACAACUCUCUCAACGGUUUCCUCUCUGGGCUCAUCUCAUCUCCGUAUCCAUCCACCAUGUCGUCCUCUGUUUGCGUUACAUCCUUCAAAGGACCCAAGACCGUGACCUCAAAGUCCUUCAUCACCAAGAGCUGUGGUGGUUCCAUGGUCUUUCCACAGAAAGCCUACAGCGUGUAUGGAAGUGGUUUAGGUGGAAACACCCGCAUCUCUUCCUCCUCGCUGCAAUACAGACCCAGAGGAUAUGGUGGAGGAUAUGGUUUUGGUGGAGGAUACGGUGGAGGAUAUUACGGAGGAUAUGCAGCUGGCAUACUGCCUGGAAAUGACUUCCAGCUGAAUGAGAAGGCCACCAUGCAGAACCUGAACGACCGUCUGGCGUCCUACCUGGAGAAGGUGCGCUCUCUGGAGGCUGCCAAUGCCAUCCUGGAGAGGCAGAUCCGUGAGUGCUAUGAGAAGAAGGGGCCGGUGUGCCAAAAAGACUACAGCUGCUACUGGAACACCAUCAAGGACCUGAAAGACAAGAUUAAAAACGCUACCCUCCACAAUGCCAACGUCCUUCUGCAGAUUGACAAUGCUAAACUGGCUGCCGAUGACUUCAGGAUCAAAUAUGAGCAUGAGGUGGUGAUGCGUCAGUCUGUGGAGGCCGACGUUGCUAACCUGCGCCACUUACUGAACCAGACAAACAUGACAAGGGCCGACCUGGAGAUGCAGAUCAACUGUCUGGAGGAAGAGCUGGCAUGUAUGAAGAAGAACCACCAGGAGGAGCUGGCUGCACUGAGGUCACAGCUGACAUGCACAGUGAACGUAGAGGUGGAUGCUGCUCCUCAGCAAGACCUGAACAGAGUUCUGGAUGAGAUUCGUGCUCAUUAUGAGAACAUCAUACAGAAACACCGCAGGGAACAGGAAGAAUGGUUCAAAGACAAGACGGCAGGGUUUAACAAAGAGGUGGCCAUCAGCACAGAGACCAUACAAACGACCAGAUCGCAGGUCACAGAGCUACGAAACACCUUACAGAGUCUGGAGAUCGAGCUGCAGUCUCAGCUCAGCAUGAAAGCGGCACUGGAGAACUCACUGGCAGAAACAGAGGCUAGGUACAGCGCUAUGCUAGCAGGCUACCAGAACCAAAUCAACAUGCUGGAAGCCGAGCUUUGUCAAAUGCGGGCUAGCAUUGAGCAGCAGGGACGUGAUUACGCUUUGCUGCUGGACAUCAAGACACGUCUGGAGCAGGAGAUCUGCACCUACAGGAGCCUCCUGGAAAAUCAGGACAUCAAGACUCAAAUUCCAGGAUCAACUAUCGUGAUCUCAGGUGGAUCUCAAUGCUCUGGUGGUUCUCACACCAUCACAACUGGUGGACCAACAGUCCAAAUCAAGCAAACCACCAGCACUUCACACCAAAUUUACUAAAGUCACAGCAUGCCUCUUUCUGAGACAGUAUUAACUCAUGCAGACAUUUCAUUUUAAAUGAGUGCUGAUACACAGUUUGUGAAAAGAAACAAGCACAUGUGUUACUUAUAAAACAUCAAAAGACACUCACUGAUAUGUUGUUGUAUGUGAGAAAAACCUGUCUCUGAAAAUAAAAUGGCUGUCAAGAAA